AUGGGUUUCUCUGUAUUUAGCCCUACAAGAUAUCUGGAUGGUGUCUCUGUGUUCUUCCAAGGGGCCAUCCUGCUCAGUCUGUUUCUGGUGCUGUUCAAGGCAGUCCAGUUCUACUUACGAAGGCAAUGGCUGCUCAAGGUCCUCCAGAAGUUCCCAUCCACACCUUCCCACUGGCUUUGGGGUCAUCAUCUGAAGGUAGGAAGAAGGGAGAGCCUCCAGCAGAUUCGUACAUGGGUAGAGAAAUUCCCAAGCGCCUGUUUACACUGGCUCUCGGGGAGCAAUGCACGAGUCCUGCUCUAUGACCCUGAAUAUGUGAAGGUGAUUCUGGGGAGAUCAGAUCCAAAGGCUUCUGGAAUAUAUCAAUUUCUUGCUCCCUGGAUUGGUUAUGGUUUGCUCCUGUUGAAUGGGAAGAAGUGGUUCCAGCAUCGGCGGAUGUUGACUCCAGCCUUCCACUACGACAUCCUCAAACCCUAUGUCAAAAUCAUGGCGGACUCUGUCAAUAUAAUGCUAGACAAAUGGGAGAAACUUAAUGACCAGGACCAUCCUCGGGAGAUCUUCCACUGUGUCUCCUUGAUGACACUGGACACUGUUAUGAAGUGUGCUUUCAGCCACCAGGGCAGUGUUCAGUUGGAUGAAAAUUCCAAGUCUUACACUAAGGCUGUUGAGGAUCUAAACAACCUGACUUUCUUUCGUAUGAGGAGUGCCUUUUAUAAGAGCAACAUCAUCUACAAUAUGUCUUCUGAUGGCCAUUUGUCUCACCGUGCCUGCAAGAUUGCUCACGAGCACACAGAUGGAGUGAUCAAGAUGAGGAAGGCUCAGCUGCAGGAUGAGGCAGAGCUGCAGAAGGCCAAGAACAAGAGGCGCUUGGAUUUCUUGGACAUCCUCUUGUUUGCCCAGAUAGAGGAUAAGAACAGCUUGUCUGAUGAGGACCUGCGUGCUGAGGUGGACACAUUCAUGUUUGAGGGUCAUGACACCACAGCCAGUGGAAUCUCCUGGAUUUUCUAUGCUCUGGCCACCCACCCUGAGCACCAACAGAGAUGCAGAGAGGAGGUGCAGAACAUUCUGGGUGAUGGAACCUCUGUCACUUGGGACCACCUGGACCAGAUGCCCUACACCACCAUGUGCAUCAAGGAGGCCCUGAGGCUCUACCCACCAGUACCAUCUGUGAGUCGAGAGCUCAGUUCACCUGUCACCUUCCCAGAUGGAUGUUCCAUACCCAAAGGUAUCAUAGUCUCAAUUUCCAUUUAUGGCCUCCAUCAUAACCCAAGUUUCUGGCCAAACCCAAAGGUGUUUGACCCUUCUAGAUUCGCACCAGAUUCUUCUCGCCACAGCCAUGCUUAUCUGCCAUUCUCAGGAGGAGCAAGGAACUGCAUUGGGAAACAGUUUGCCAUGAAUGAGCUGAAGGUGGCCGUGGCCCUGACCCUGCUUCGCUUUGAGUUGCUGCCAGAUCCCACCAGGAUCCCAGUCCCCAUGGCAAGACUUGUCUUGAAGUCUAAGAAUGGCAUUCACCUGUAUCUCAAGAAGCUAAGAUAA